CGGUGAAGCAACCGUUUCACCAAGUGUGGGUCAGACAGAGUGGAUUCUACUUCUACAUCAUGUCAUUACGAAGGUUGUUGCAGUGUGGAGGUUCUGUACUGAAGGACAAGAGGCUGUUUCAUCAGAGUUUACCAUGGAGGAAUCCUCUCAUACCUAUUGUAGUAGAACAAACUGGCAGAGGGGAGAGAGCUUACGAUAUCUACUCGCGCCUCUUGAGGGAAAGAAUCAUCUGUUUGAUGGGUCCGAUCGAUGACUCGGUGGCAAGUCUUGUGAUUGCACAGCUUCUAUUUCUUCAGUCAGAGAGCAACAACAAACCCAUUCACAUGUACAUCAACAGUCCUGGUGGUGUGGUUACAGCAGGGCUGGCAAUCUACGACACUAUGCAAUACAUCUUGAACCCGAUCUCCACGUGGUGUGUAGGCCAGGCUGCUAGCAUGGGCAGUUUACUGCUAGCUGCAGGCACUGCCGGUAUGAGGCAUUCACUGCCUAAUGCCCGCAUCAUGCUGCACCAGCCUUCUGGAGGGGCCAGGGGUCAGGCUACAGACAUUGCCAUCCAGGCCGAGGAGAUCCUCAAGCUGAAGAGACAGAUUAACAACAUCUACUGUAAACAUACAGGCCAGCUUCUGGAAACCAUAGAGGGUGUGAUGGAGCGAGACAGAUACAUGAGUCCCAUGGAAGCGCAGGACUUUGGAAUCAUCGACAGGGUCCUGGUCCAUCCUCCACAUGCCGGCCGGGAUGAGCCAGAGCUGGUCCAGAAGGAACCGACCACUUCCAGCAGCCAGCCUGCCUCCUCUGAACCAGCAACCUCAGAAUCUACACCGUCAGGGGCCAGUCCACCCUCCUCUUACAAACCUGAACCAUGAUUCAGAGGUCUGGUCUGAAAUCACCCACAGCUAUUGGUACUAUGUGGAACAUGGGGGAGGGGGUGUAUUUGUUCCCUCUGGUCCGUUCUGAGCCUGUGUUGUGUGUAUCACACUAUGCUGAGAAAAACUAAAGAUUAACAUUAAAGCUAAAAUUUUAUAGACACAUAUGUCCAACACCAUUUUUUAGGAUCUUAUCUAACAUUCUACACGUUGAAAUCCAAUAAAAUAAAUUAAUAUGUUUUGUUUUAAGGAUAAAUGAAAUAUUACUUUUCAUCAACAGUUACAUGGUACCAAAUGUGAAUUUAUGACCUACAGUAGUUUGUCUGUUUUACAGUGAUGUUUAGCUUUGGUUUUAUACACUCACCAGCCACUUUAUGAGGAACAUCUGUUCAUGUGUUCUGUUCGGCCAACUCCACACCCCAGACAUAGCCAAUCAUAUCUGCACAGAUGCCUGACUGGCCAAUAGCACUACUAAGAUUUGAAUUCUGGAUUUACUGUUUUGCCGCACAAGUGCCCCCAUAAAUUGUUAAAUAAAGUUUUUAAUUGCA